CUGAAGCAGGUGCAGGAUGCUAUAGAAGCUGGAUCGGCGGCGGAUCAGAGCGAUUUGUUGACGCUUCAGGCAGACCUACAAGAACUAGUGGAUCUUACUGAAAGUAGCCUUGUCACCGUGAAAAAGAGCACCUUGCUGAAAUCGCUGGAUGAGCCAGACAUUACUGCCGCUACACAUGGAGCCGGUGUACGUGAUGGGAGUGCAUGUCAGACGAGAUCUGUACCGCAGUCUUGUUCACUGCCACCUGUACUAGACAUGGAUGCAGAAUUCGCUGCAUUCCAGGCUGCUAUUGCUGAUGAGGAGACAGAGCCUGUAUCUAGGAAUCCACAAUCAAGUAGUGAUAGCACCGAGCGCACAUCUCACCCUGCCUCAAUUUCACCAUCGUCACAGGAGGCUAGCCGGCCAACGAGAAAUCUCGAUUCAUCACUCACCGGUUCCGAUGUUUCUUCCAUUAAAAAUCAACUUGGUACGCUGGUUGGCAUGAAAUGCCAAGCACCGUUUAUGAGAGACUACAUGGGCCAUCGUUACGUGAAUGCGAUGGUAGUGGACGUGGAGGAUGUGGAUCUGAAUGAAGAAGGAGACGUAGUCGUUAAAGUAAGGGUGAUGUUCAGCAUCCCCACAGAGAAAUCCAUGUUGGCCUGUCCGUAUUACUUGGAUGACAAGUGUCGAUUUUCUGAUGAAGAGUGCAGAUACUCACACGGACACACCGUAGAACUUCGUAGCUUGAGAGAGUAUCAAGAGCUGGACUUCAGCCUGCUCACGGAAGGUAGCAAGUGCUUGAGCCGCUACACGGAUGGACUGUGGUACACAGCCAUCGUUGAUCACAUCGUGGAGAAGGAUGGUGAACCCGCCGUGGAAUUAGAAUACACGUCGUAUAACGAGGUCGCAACCGUGCCCAUGGAGCACACCUUUCCCCUGGGCGCACAGGACGAAGACAGUGACAGUUCUACGUCGUCGUCUGAGGAUGAAGUGUCAUCGAUGGUGACAGCGCGUCAGCAGGAAGCCGAGGAUGACGAGGUUGUACCAACGACACUGUGGCAACCUAACGGUCUUACGCAAGCACUAGGGGAGUGGGAGGCGUAUACAAAGGGAAUUGGCUCGAAACUCCUAGCAAGCAUGGGUUUUGUCGUUGGACAAGGCCUUGGCAAAAAUGGAGAGGGACGGAGAGAGCCAGUGGAAGCGGUUGUUUUCCCACAAGGAAAGUCACUAGACAGAUGUAUGGAGUUGAGAGAGAGAAAGGGGAAACUGGAUACGGUGGAGGAGGUGAUUCGAAAGAGGAGGAAAAAGAGGCAAGCUGUGGAGGGAGCAGCUAAAGGCUACGAUCGCUCAGCGGAAAAAGUCGACGUGUUUGACUUUAUUAAUUCAACAUUGGUCGGUCACAAAGGUAAAUUAAAAGAUUUGUUCGACAGUGCUACAGUUAAUCCUGUAUCAAAGCAUGAGGCAAAGAAACUGGUGAGGAGUGCCUCAACUAAGGAUUUGCAUGUACAGUCAUUUAAAAUCCAGGAGGAAAUCCGCCAAGCAGAGAAACGAUUAGUGUCAUUGCAGCAAUCAUUGCAAAGAAACGAGACAAACAGGGAUAAGGCAGUAGCAGCACAGAAGCGCAAGCAGAUUGACCAGCUACGCAGACAGAUAGACGAGCUGAGGCACAGCGACACGCACAUACAGACGGAGCAUCAGAACAGAAAGAGUCAUCGCAAGCUCACCGUCUUCUGACGGAUCUCGUGGC